CGAAGGGAAUAAAGAAUAGAGGAAUAAAACAAUAAAAAUGGGAUUUUAUUAGUCGAUUUCAUUUCUUGAAGGCCAAGACUCACAUUUUUUUUAAGAUACAUUUAUGGUAAUAGGAAAUUAGGAAGCCUUCAUAUUAAAUUGUAAUUACUCUUAACAAGUAGUGUAAUCCCAUUUUUUCCUUAUAGCUUUGAAAACUAUUCUAUAUUUGGUCUAAAAAAUAUAUUCACACAUCUAUUUUCUAUGUGUGACAAAAAUAUUCCAUAUCUCUUCACAGCACAGUAAUUAAUUCAAAGUAUUUUAGAAGAGUAAAUAAGAAUUUUCUCUUUUAUUCUCAACCUUUGAUUGUGCAUGGAAUUUCAUAAAAUUAGACUGUAAAUGCUUCUCUUAUUUGAUAGUAAUUAUCAAAAACAAUCAUAUCUUUUUGACUUUCUCCUUUUUUGGGGAAAGAAAUGGAGGCAUCUCUCUCUCCUCAGUGCUCUCUUGGUGUCCGUACAAGAGCCAAACAACAAAGACAACAGCAACAGCAAAAUGAGUGUUAAAAGAUGAAAAGAAGAAGCUGUUUGAGUUUGAACCAACUUUUUAAUCGGAAACCUCUUCAGCUUCAGCAAUCCUAUUCUUUUUCUUUGUCUCAAAAUCAAAAUCAAAAUCAUGGAUCCCUUGCUGAACAGAUCAAGAAAUGUUCGAGGUUGGUUGAGCUAGAACAUGUCUAUGCUUACAUGGUGAAGACUGGAACAAGUCAAGAUGCUUUCUUGACUAAUCAAUUUAUAACUGCAGCAUCUUCCACCUUCUCUCGUAUAGAUUAUGCUGUUUUAGCCUUUCACCAUAUGGACUCCCCUAAUGCUAAUGUCUUCGUCUAUAAUUCCAUGAUUAAAGGCUUUGUGCGUUGUGGAUAUCCCAAUAGAGCUUUGCAGUGUUAUAUUAAUAUGUUGGGAGCUAAGGUUUUUCCCACUAGCUAUACAUUUUCAUCACUCAUUAGAGCUUGCACCUUGUUAUUUGCACUGGGGUUUGGGGAAGCUGUUCAUGCACAUAUUUGGAGAAAUGGGUUUGACUCACAUGUGUUUGUUCAAACUGCCAUGAUUGAUUUUUAUUCAAAUUUAUGUAAGAUCAAAGAAGCCAGAAGGGUGUUUGAUGAAAUGCUUGAAAGAGAUUCUUAUGCAUGGACUACCAUGAUUUCUGCACACGCCCGGGCUGGUGAUAUGAUUUCUGCACGGAAACUGUUUGAAACAAUACCUGAAAGCAAUAUGGCCACUUGGAAUAUCAUGAUAGAUGGAUAUGCUAGAUUAGGGGAUGUGUUGUCUGCAGAAUUGAUGUUCAAUUUGAUGCCUUUAAGGGAUUUAAUUUCAUGGACAACCUUGAUUACUUGCUAUAUGCAGAACAAGAAAUAUAGAGAAGCUCUGGCAGUGUUCAAAGAAAUGAUGAAACAUGGUGUUAGACCUGAUGGAGUGACCAUGGCAACUAUUAUUUCCUCUUGUGCUCAUAUUGGGGCUCUCCAAUUGGGAAAGGAGAUACAUCUUUAUGUCAUGCAAAAUGGAUUUGAACUUGAUGUUUAUUUAGGAUCUGCAUUGAUUGAUAUGUAUGCAAAGUGUGGGGACUUAGAUAAGUCUUUGCUGGUUUUCUUCAAAUUGCACAACAAAAACCUCUUCUGUUGGAACUCGAUAAUUGAAGGACUUGCCAGUCAUGGAUUCGCAAAAGAAACUCUAAUAAUGUUUAGAAAGAUGGAAGAGGAGAAUAUCAAACCGAAUGGUGUUACCUUUAUCAGUCUUCUAAGCGCUUGCACUCAUGCCGGGCUUGUUGACGAAGGCCGUCUGAGGUUUUCAAGCAUGGCAAAGGAUUAUUCUAUCACUCCAGCAGUUGAACACUAUGGGUGCAUGGUUGAUCUACUUAGCAAAGCUGGACUGCUUGAAGAAGCACUAGAUAUAAUAAGAAGUAUGAAAGUUGAACCCAACAAUGUUGUUUGGGGGGCCCUGUUAGGUGGAUGUAAGCUUCAUAGAAACAUGACUAUUGGUCAGAUUGCUGUCAAUGAAUUAAUGGUAUUGGAGCCAAACAAUAGUGGUUAUUAUCACCUUUUAGUGAACAUGUAUGCUGAAGAGAAUCGGUGGAAAGAGGUUUCAAAGAUAUGGACAACAAUGAAGGGCCUUGGAGUGGAAAAGAGAUGUCCUGGGUCCAGUUGGAUUGAAAUACAAAGCAAAAUUCACCAGUUUGCUGCAUCUGAGAAUGCUCAUUUAGCUUGUCCCGAAGUCUACAAGCUGUUGGGUGAAUUAGAUGGACAACUUAAACUCUCUAAGUCUGUACCAGAACUCAGUUUUACCUAAAGAAAGACAAACUUAAUGUGUACAAAUGACUCUGGCUGAAAAGGAUGAUGAAAUGGGGUAGCUAAUAUGACUUGAGACAACAUCUUAUAUGCUAUAGCUUUAAAAAUAGCUGUAGUGCACUCAGAGAGACUCUCCUGCAGACAGACAAAGCAAGUGUAGAAGAACCAUUCUAACAUGACUGAUGCUAAGUUGGCAAUUCUUCUUGUGAAAUCGCUGAAAUUAAUGGUGCUUAUCUUUCUGGUUGAAUUUUUGUUUCGGUUGCGUGGUUGCGCGAUGGUUGCCCAAGAAGCAUGGAUCCUGGGUUGAAGGUGUGUGUAAGUAGUAUUUGUGUAAUUUUUUUUUAUUUAGGCUGUAUAUUUGUUUAUUUGACCAGUUAGAAGUAUUUUUGUAAUAUUGUUGCUUUUUUUUUUUGUUAAAACUGAUAAAAUCCCUAAAUUAUAUUGUUUAUUUGAGGGCUUUGAAAACCUAUUUUGUUCAUCCACAAGAAGAAAAACUUUCUGCUUU